AUGAUAUUGUUAUUUAAUUUAGUAUUUUUAUUAUGUAGUUUUUACAGUGUACAUGCUUAUACUGUAACUGUAGAUGCACACGCAGAAGAAUGUUUUUUUGAAAAAAUAGAAAAAGAUGCCAAGAUGGGAGUAACGUUUGAAGUUGCAGAAGGUGGAUUUUUAGAUAUUGAUGUAAAAAUUGUUGGACCAGAUGGAAAUGUUAUCCACGAAGGUGAACAAGAAGGAAGUGGAAAAUACACAUUUGCUGCUAACGUUGAAGGACGUUAUACUUACUGUUUUAGCAAUAAAAAAAGUACAAUGACACCUAAAGAUGUUAUGUUUAACAUUGAUAUUCAUCAGCCUGCCAAAAAUAAGGAUGAAAAUCUUCCAACUGACGAAGAAACUGUCAAUCAUCGUAAAUUAGAUGAUAUGAUUACUGACUUGGGCAAUAGUUUACGUGAUGUUAAGAAUGAGCAAGAGUACAUGCUGGUACGUGAUCGUAAUCACCGAGCUAUCAACGAAAGCACCAAUUUCCGUGUGGUAUUAUGGUCAAUUUUCGAAGCAUCUGUAUUAGCUGCUAUGACUGUCGGUCAAAUAUUUUAUCUUAAACGAUUCUUUGAAGUGAGAAGGGUUGUAUAA